CUUCCGGUUAGCUUGGCUUGUAGUCUGUGUUGACAGGUGUAACUGUAGCCAACACGAAGGUAGCAAGUGUUAGAGAACACCUGUUCUGCCGCUAUGCAUUGACUUCACUUUACCUAACUGUAGCUCAAACUAAACUAUAAGGAAGAAGGGUGUCAGGGGAAAUAUAAAUCGAAGGAGAAAGAUACACGUUGGCAGGUAAACACGUGCGAUGCGUGCUCCUCUGCGAUGGGUGCUAUGGGAUGUGAAGGACACCCUGCUGAAGGUACGUUUGUCAGUAGGAGAGCAGUACUGCAAGGAAGCUGAACGAAUGGGCUUGAGUAUCAGUCCUGCGGAGGUCAAUGCUGCUUUCCUCCAAGCAUAUCGGGAUUAUUCAAGAAGAUACCCCAAUUACGGCAUCACACAUGGCCUCAACGGACAGUCUUGGUGGAUGGCUGUGGUGCAGAACACUUUCUCAAAGUGUGGGGUACAGGACCCAGCUUUGAAAAACACCAUAUCUCUCAACCUUUAUCAUAACUUCAGCAAUGCAGACAACUGGGAGGUAUAUCCAGACACACAAAAGGCCCUGAAGAGUUGUUCUGCUCUUGGACUGAAGCUCGGUGUGGUAUCUAACUUCGACAACCGCCUUGAAGAAAUUUUGCGUGCUUGUAAGCUGCUGUCUCACUUUAGCUUUGUAAUAACUUCAGAAGAAGCAGGAGUAGCAAAACCCAGUCCAGCCAUCUUCAACCAGGCGCUGCAGAAAUGUGGCGUCCCAGCUGCCAACGUGGCUCAUGUUGGAGAUGACUAUGUGAGAGAUUACCUCACCUCUCGGGGUGUUGGGAUCCACGGGUUUCUUUUAGACCGAAACAACAACCCGAACCAACCUGACGUUCCCAGAGAGCAUCGGCUCCCUUCCCUGGAUGAGCUCCCAUCACGGCUUCAGGAGCUGAUGGACUAAAGCCAAACAGUCAUGGACUCAACUGCAAAGCUGUUCAGUCCAGUUAAGGACCUAAUAUCUGGGAUACAGCCAUGCUUACCUUAGUGAGCACAACCAUAUUAUCCCUCUUCAGCCGAUUAAUGUGUACUGACAGAAAUUUACUGUGAAAUCUGUAAUAUAUAACUGCACUAUAUGUGUAUGUCACUGAAUAAUUGUUUUUAUUGUCAACAAUUUGGGAGCAAUAAAUAACCUAAUCUAAUCUAUUUUCUAUAAAACUGCUUCAUUACUGCAGAGUAAAAGAUAAUUAUAUAAAAGUAUAUUAUCCGAUAAGGAAUAUUAGAUGACCAAUAUUGUUGUUUAUAUUAGCCCUCUUAAAAAACUAAAAAUCAUCGUAGCAUUAAUCUUCCUUUUAUAAUGAAGGCUGGUGUGGAUGAGUUAAAGAGUUGGUUUAUUUAAAUUAUUGACCUUUCAGCAUUAUCACAGGUUCAUAAAGACAACAGCUCUCAAAAACACUGAAUGAUUUGCUCUUUCAAUGAGCCAUCAAUACUAAAUGUGCCUCAGAGGCUACGGUUUCCUCACACAUUAAAUUUUAUGAUCGAUGACGUCACUAAUUUUGUGAUUUUGCAAGACAUUGACACUACCAUAGAGGUGGUACAGUAUGUACAUUUACAUAAAAUAGCCAAAUGAUGAGCAAAGCUGUCAUUGGUGAUUUAAAAAAAAAACAUGCAGACCAAGAGCUUGGACAGACAGAUGGAGGAUGGCAUAACAUAGAACGUCCAACUACGUACAGAAAGCUUCAGUCAUCGUUGACUCAUGCUGUAAAGACGACAAUGCUGACGUAAAGUUUGUUAGUAAUAAUCUGAACACUACUCAGAACCAGUGGACAUUCUUGUAAAUUCCUCUUUUUGUUUUUAUGGUGAUGUAACCCUCUAAACUAAGUCAAGUGCGUUUGCUUGACUUUCUUUAAAUGGUCACUUUAAAUUACGUUUGUUUGAGUGCUUAGCAGCGAAGAAGAACAAGGCAGGAUUGCUUAACCUUAAUACUCUUAUUUCAAACCAUCUGCCGGAGGAAGAUAGUAGGGAUAUUGAGCCAAGGAUCAAGAGGACCAGAAGAGGAAAAGAAAAAGAACACCAGAAUGGCAUCGCAAUUCACAGCAGAGCUCCAGCCUGUUAUGGAGAAAGGGGAUUGACACUUAUCCAAAUCAGAUUUAGAGACUUAAGGAGAAUUUCCAGAUGUUCAUAAAACAGCUGUCAAUUUUGAGUCACAGAACAGUAGUCACUCAAUACUUGGUUCCACUUCUCCUGCCCUGUAACCACUUCAUUUUUCCCCUCUUUUCUCCACACAUUCCUUUGUACAGUAUGUUAAAAGGGUAUUGUGUAUCUUUAGGGAUGCAUCCGCAAGAGCUGCUUAAUUCAAAGCUGGUUUAGUAGCUCAGCCAGACGGCUCUAAAGGGCUCCGCAGAAAUCCAAUUGCAGACAUAAUGGGAUUGCAAAACAAAACGGAGCUCCUCAUACGCAGUGCAAAAGGAAUGAGCGGAGAGGAGGAGAAAGAGCACGCUACGAGGAACGAUGUCAGUCUGAUGACACACGAUGCCAAUGAAAAAAAACUACAUGGCUGUGGCUCACUAUUGUACAGUGAGCUCACGUUAUAGAAUCUUUGACGUAUAAAAAACUUCAUUCAAAGCUCAGAGAGUGAAAAGACAAAUAAAUAAGUGAAUGGCCAUACAGAGGGUGGCUGAAACAUUUCCUUCAGCUAUAAAAGCACUCAAGAAUUAGGCCUUUUGUGCUAUUGUGCCUCAGGUUCAGGGUUUCAUGUUGGCAUUUCUGUGUCUUGAAAUAUUCAGCAGAAGAGGAAAAUAGAAGAGCAAAGCGUUACAAAAUCAAGGGUAUUUGAAGAGAGAGCGCUUCGGAAGUGAAAAGAAGGUCACGCAACGAAUUGAAUCACAGGCUCCAGAGAUCACACAGUAAUUAUUGGCACAUAAAUAAAAGUACACAGGCACACAUGCAGUUGCAUAUUUAAUUCUUCAUUGGAAAACAAAUGCAGAGAACAGAGACUUUCAAACGGUGACAACAUAAAUUUGACAAAAUAAAGUCAGUCCCAUUAUAAUUAACAUCCCCUUUAUGGAUGAUUUUAUACUGACACCAUAUAUACAUUGAGUUUUUAAUAACAAAAAAAGUUCUGUAAUGCAAAUGUCAUGAAAUAAUGUAAACAAAAGCAAGAGUAUCAUCCCCUCAGAAUCAUUUGGCAUGUAAAUACCAUCACAUUCAUCUAAUUGUGGAAGUCGCCACAGUCUAAUCAUCAUUUCCUCCCCUGUACACGUUUUACAUCCACGUCAGUUACUUUGUGUUCUUUUGUAUUCCUUCACCUUUAUUAAUUUAUUUUUAUCAGAGGUCUCUCUUGUUAAAAGUACAUUAUAAAUUUAAAGCAGAGGCAAUGCUAUAAGACUUUUCGAAAUAAAAGCAUUUUGUGCAAAUACAAGUUGUGUUUCUUCAAAAAUACACGCUGUGAAUCAAGUGCAUGCAUGCUUAGGGUGGAUGUGUACAAACCAUGUGCCUCUUUUCUUUCAGUGCAGGCAAAGUUAGAAAAAAAAAUGUGAUUUGGCAUCUCAUGUGGACGCAUUUCAAGUGACUACAAUCAAAGUGUAAGUACAAAGUGUAAGUGCAGUUUUUAUGAACAGUGAGCAAUAUUACAAAUGUACAAUAGAAUAACGUUUGUAUACUUAUAGCCUGCCAGUGAAAAACCUCUGAUGCAUGAACAUGUUCAAGUACAGCUCAGGAAUAAAAAAUAAAACUGAAAUAUUUUAUCUUCAGUAACAAUACUUCAGUCAUAAAAUCAUUAGAAAUAACACCUGAUUUGUUUUUUUUUUUAAAUUCCAACUUAUGUGUUUGGUUUUUUUUCCUUGUGUGUCUUCUCAGUUGCAGUCUUCAUUUAUAUAUAAUCAGUGGGAGUCCGUGUUGAUCCAGGGGUUUUUAAUCCAUCAGCAGUCAGUCCAGUUAUCAAUUCCUAAUUCUGUCAGGUGGUGUGAGGUCCUUCUUUAAAAGCAGACGUUAAAACUUCCUUAAAGCAGUAGUGUUUCCCCCCACCGUAAU